AUGGCGGACGACGCGAAGAGCGGAGGGUGCAAGGGUGGACGGCGCCAGGAGCGCGAGGUGGACGAGGAAAGGGCGACGCGGGGCGACGAGGGGGCGAGACGGGCCGGGGCGAGGUGGCGAGGGGGAGGCAAUGCGCAGAGCAGUGGGGGCGGGGGGAACUCACCAGAGGAGAUCGGGGCCGCGGGAGCCCACCGCGACCCCACAGAACGGCCGCGCGCGCGAGAUGACGCGAGGGGGGCGACGGUGAGACGGUCAAGGGCGCAGCGGGAGACGCGGGGGCGACCGAAGGCGGCGCAGACGAGGGCGGCGCGGAGGCGAGGCGCCGUGGGCGACGCGGGGCUUAUGGGCUUGUGGGCUUGUGGGGCGAGGGCGAUGGUGACGCGGGCGAGGGAUGAGGCGGCGAGGGCGUGGUGGAGAGGAGGGCGCGGGCGCGAGGUCGGAGGGCGCGGGCGCGAGGUCGGGGGAGCGCGGAGGACGUGGAGGCCUCGCGCGCGCGCGCGCGAUGUCGCUGCGUGGACGGAGGGAGUGCGUGAGGGGCUGGAGGGAGAGGAGGACGGGCGAGAACGCGCGCGAGACGCCACGUUCGAAUCCGAACAUAGCCCGAUCGGGACGGAUUCCCGCAUCCAGACGCCAGACGCGGGCGCCAAACGCUCUCGAAGUGAACAUAGGCCAUGUUUUGUCUAUUACUCGGUCAAUUCUUGGCCAAAUCACACAAGAAUAAUAUCGUUAGAAAGAUGCUUCAAAUGGCUAUCGAACAGCAUAGGGUUUGUAAUCCGCCAAAUUUCAGCACCCUCGAUCCGGAGCCGCCCGGCUCAUGAUCCCCGGCUCACGGCUCCGGAUAAUCGGCUCAUGAUCCGCCAACCUUACCGCAGAGCUAUGGCGCAGAGGGACAUCGAGCACGACGAUCGGGCCCCCCGAAGCCAGCCACGCCGUAAGAAAGGCACGGGUGAACCAGCACUUGACUCCUGUCUUACGGUUUAUAAGCGUCCGGCUGGCAGGGGGGGGCCGAGCGAGAUCGAUCGCUAUCUUGCGGCGUCUACCAGAGUACACGCUGACGAUCCCCUCCAGUUGGUGGUGGGAAUCGCCGCCGUGAAGGUGUAUCCCCAUCUCUCACGCACGGCGCUCUCUUACCUUACGAUCCCUGCAAAGGGGGCGGACACGUCCGCGACGGUUUGUCUGCCACCCGUCUAUCCGGGCGCUUCGAGCUCGGACUCGUUCGAGACACCGACCUCUCGGGUCGCCCUUCGAGAUGACGCGUCGGACGAUCUGGAGGGUGGUUGGGAGCUCGUCGUCGUUGCGGCCACGUUCAGGGAGGCGCCCCCAAAAGUUGGCCCCUCUCUACCGGCGACUCCCCGGUUUCUCGACUCGAACCCCCCCGACUCUGGGCGCUCGGUCGGUCGUACGCCGCCCACGCGGGCUUCUGCCUCCGCGAAGCCGGCGGGAGCCCGGAACCCCUCUGAGCAGGCACGAGGGGAAAGAGCGAAGACCGUGAGACGGGAUCCCACGAGUCCCCCCCCCCUCCCCCCCCCGGGCGCUUAUUUGAGCGCCCGCGUCGGCGUCUCUCGCCACGGAAGAAGAAGGGCGGGGGGGACGCGUGAAUCGCGGCAGCCGACGGAGAGAGAGAGACGCGGUGGGCUCGCGCGCGCGAGGGGGGGGGAACCCCUCGUGGUCGUGGACGCCGCCGCUCCUGAACCGUCGAGGGCCGUCGCGCGCGGCGACCUGCGGGACGCGCGUGGGAAGCGCGCGCGCGCGCCGAGGGCGGCGGCGAGCGACGGCACGCGCGCUUUUCCCACGGGGCGGCUAAGGCUCCCAAAGAGAGAGAGACGCAGAGAGCGCCGCGCCUCUAAAGGACGCGCGCGCGCGGGGGGGACCGCGGUCCACGAAGGCCCGGACCACGUUCGGAGGAGGGUCACGGAGGGUCACGCCGGGACGGCGGGGGACGGGACGUGCGCGCGCGCGCGCGACCCCCCGCGGAGCGCUGCGCGCGCCGGUCCCUAG